AUGAAUUACGUUUAAUCAUAUGCUGUUGUUGACAAGUUGAUCGAUGUCUUGUUGGACAAAGUUUAAACUAGAAUGAUAAUAGGAGAUAUUGAGAAGAAAAUGAAUCCUUUUGUUAAUGAAAGAGUACUUGCUGACUGCAGAGCAACGCUUUACUUUUUUACUAUUUUCCAUGACAAUAAUAAAUGCUACAUUGAAAAGGAUGAAUAUGAAGAACCUUACGCUGCUAAGCCCGAUAAUGGAGCUACAGAUUAUAUAGCAAAAAACAAGUUUAGAAUACCAGAGAAUGUAGUGAACCUUCAACUACCUCCUUAAGAAUCGAAUCCCGAGUUCAGUAUAUUCAAAGAUCAGUCAAUGCUCUCACUUUUGAGUUAAAAAGUUAGAAGUAAACAAAAUUCAAGUAGCAUGAGUAAAAAUCCAAAGAAAUAGAUUGAGGAUGACAAAAGCAGUACCAUAAAGCCAUAUGAAAACUAAGUGGUUAAGCUAGAUUUGAAAGGAGCUAACGAUGAUGAGGAUGAUCAUGUUAUCAUAACUAGAAAAUUUUUCAUACCUGAAACAUUUGAAACUGAAUUGACUAAAUAGAAUAUGUUUAAUAAGUUUCCGAGCACUCAAACUAUUAUCAUCUAGAAUAGUCAGUAGAAAUCGAUGACUGAGGAUGAGUAACUUAUUUCUACGGUACUUAAUGAAACUGUCGAUAUAAAUGAUCCCUAUAAGAGUUUUGGUGAGAAAAAAGAAUUUAUCAUACCAACAGAUCAAUAUAAUCCAUCAACAGGAAUAGUGAUAAAAGGGGGUGUGAAGUUAAAGGAUAAAUCUUCUUUAAAAGAAGGAGGAGAUUAUGAAUCUUAGAUGAGGAAAAAUUAACACGAGCUCAUCAUGGAAAGUUAGCUCAAUAAUAAGACACUUAAAAAUGUUCUCUCAUCUAUAAACAAUCUUCAAAUGAGAAGAGAUAACCAGGAUGACAUACUGAUAGAUCAAUCAGCUAAAGAAAAAAUAAGAGAAAUAGCUUCUAGAGGAGCUAUAGGCAUCAGUUCUUAAGCAAGAAAAAGAAUUUCAAAUAGAAUUAUUAGAAAUAGUAUUAAUGUAAGUGCUGAAAAUACACUCAUCAUUGACGAUAAUCCAAGAUCCCUGAAUCAAAGUAUAAACUAUCUUGAAUCUUUGAAGAGUCAUGAGCAACUUGGAGAAAUGAAUCCUCUCUUAAAUGUGAUAUCAUACAAUUCCUCAUAAAUGCAUCUCUUAGCAAAUGAUCCCUACUCAAAUAUAAAAUUUUAGAGUCCUUAGCUUGUAAAUAAGCACCCUUUCAACAAUCUUAAUCGUAGUAUGGAGUAAAAUAUCAAUAAACAAGGAACUGAGAGUAGCAAUAACUUAUACUUUGGCUUGGGAGGGGAGAGAGAUUCAAAAUAAAAUCGGAGAUACCUAAUGACAAGAAAUUCAAUGCAGUUAGCAGAAUAACUUAAAACCAAACCAUCACAAGAUAGGAUAGCUUUCGGAAAUAGGAAUAACAGCAUUCAUAAUACUCAUAAUUUAGCUUCACUUAAUACAUCAAUCGUAUCUGGGUCCAGUCUGUAAAAGAGAAUCAGAACAGGGAAUGUGAACAAUAUCAAAUAAAUUAAAAAUCAAACACUAAGAUUAAGAAAUUUUAGAAUAGGAGGUGGUUAAUAGAAUUCUAUAAUUUGA